AACUCAUAGAAGUAUAUCACAAUAUCUUGAUCUCAUUUCCACUGACAAAACCGACGCUAUCGAGUGAUUGAUCUUUAACUCGACAUCACCGACUCCAUUACCAGAACCUGUUUUACGAACAGUAACUGAUACAAUCAAGAAGAUAUGGCAAGAAUAGUGACGGUGGCGCAGGACGGAGCCGGCGACUACCGGACGGUGCAAGAAGCAAUCGACGACGUACCACUCGGCAACAAUUGCCGGACUGUGAUUCGUGUAUCUCCGGGGAUUUACAAACAGCCUAUUUACGUCGCCAAGACUAAAAACUUCAUCACUCUCGCCGGAUUAAGCCGUGAGAUCACUGUUAUCACUUGGGAUAACACCGCCAACAAAAUCGAUCACCACCAGGCAUCGCGAUUGAUAGGAACAGGAACAUUCGGAUGUGGGACUGUAAUUGUUGAAGGGGAAGAUUUCAUUAGUGAAAACAUCACAUUCGAGAAUUCUGCUCCUGAGGGUUCCGGCCAAGCAGUGGCUAUCAGAGUAACAGCAGAUCGUUGUGCUUUCUAUAAUUGCAGGUUUCUUGGGUGGCAGGAUACCCUUUAUUUACACUAUGGAAAGCAAUAUUUGAAAGAUUGUUACAUUGAAGGAAGUGUGGACUUCAUUUUUGGAAAUAGCACUGCGUUAAUGGAGAAUUGUCACAUUCACUGCAAAUCAGGUGGCUAUAUAACGGCACAAAGUAGAAAAUCUUGUCAAGAGUCCACAGGUUAUGUGUUUUUAAGAUGUGUGAUAACGGGGAAUGGAGGGGCAGCAUAUGCAUAUCUCGGGCGGCCAUGGGGACCAUUCGGGCGGGUAGUUUAUGCAUACACGUACAUGGAUGCAUGCGUAAAGCAUGAUGGUUGGCAUAAUUGGGGGAAACCCGAGAAUGAAAGAAGUGCUUGCUUUUAUGAGUAUAGAUGUUAUGGGCCGGGAAGUAGUUCAGAAAACCGUGUAACAUGGGCUAGAGAAUUGAUGGAGGAGGAAGCCCAAGAGUUUCUGAUGCAUUCUUUUAUCGACCCAACUCCAGAAAGGCCUUGGCUCGCACAAAAAAUGGCACUUCGGAUACCUUAUUCUGCUUAG